UUUUAUGAAUGGCGAUCCACUGUUACCCCAGGCCAAGACCUCACCUAACAAUAGCUUGUUGCAUUAGAUGCACGUCUCAAGAUGGCGGAAGCUCUUGGACUCGCUAGUAGUAUCGUUGCCUUAGUCCAGCUAUCGGCUUCUGUGUACUCCGCCACAUCAAAGUUCUGCCGGGAGGCCAAAGACGCCAAAUCCAAGAUCAACGCUCUAGCAACUCAGAUAAGAAACCUCUCGGGCGUGCUUCAGAGUCUGUCGUUAUUGGCAUCCGCGCCCCUCUUCGACGAUUUCGGUGUGUCCGGCACAGACUUCAGGAAUACCUACAUAGAGUCUUGCCACAGCACACUCCACAAGAUCAAGCGAAAGCUUGAGAAAGCUGAGUGGGACAUUGAGACCGGAGGAAACAGGAAACUCAUCACACGAAGUCUCAAAUGGCCCUUCUCAUCCCAAGAAACGAAUGAGCUGGUCGCAGAAUUGAGCCAACAUCAGAAUGUUCUGCAGCUGGCACUCUCAGCUGACACAAUGUCCCAGUUGCUUCAGUGCUUGGCCAACACUGAGAGUACAGCGAAGUCGGUUCUGCAUCUCAACCAAAUGUUUGAUAGGAAACAGAACAUCGACUUGCGCACAGAGUUAACAAAGAAGCGAGAGGAGAUUGUACGGUUUUUCAUAAAGGUCAAUCCCGAGGACUACCUGCAGGAUUGCCGAAGUCGCCGACAACCGAACACAGGGAAAUGGCUGACUGAAAGAAAUGAGAGCUUUCAAGAUUGGUUGAACUCGCCAGGAUCUCAGAUAUGGUUGAGCGGCAUACCAGGCGCGGGAAAGACCAUGCUUUGCGGCACUGUGAUCGAAGAGAUACUACAGAAGCAGUCCACUUCUACAGCGGUGGCAUUCUUCUUCUGUGAUUAUAAGUCCGCGGAAAGCCAGGAACCUAUCAACGUUCUUGGUGCUCUAGCUGUGCAAAUUGCGAAACAGGCCGAUGCAGCAUUUGAGUUGCUCGAAGCCUAUUACGAAGAACUCCAUCCCCAGAACGGGAUGGCCAAGCCGCCGGAGAGGAAGGGCAUGAUCAAAGUCAUUCAAGCCAUGAUCAAUCAGUAUGAUAGCGCCUACGUUGCUGUUGAUGGCCUUGACGAGUGCGGCUCCAAAGCCGUCGAGGUGAUCCAUGCACUCAAGGAGCUGGCGAACGGCGAUCAAGUUACCAUGGCUCUUUUCAGCCGAUAUGAGCCCGACAUAGCGGAUGAGCUUUCCGACAGUCUUCGCAUCGAGAUAGCCGCUCAUACGGAGGACCUUGAGCUAUAUGUCCUUGCGCAAAUGGAGACUCGCAAGAGGUUAGCGAGCUUGGCUGUGAGGAAUGCUGAGCUUCACAAGCAUAUUCUGCGUACACUGAUCCAAGGUGCCAAUGGAAUGUUCCGGUGGGUCGCUUGCCAACUGGACUAUAUUGACGGUCUUCCGAGCGAUGGACGACGGCGAAGAGCUUUGUCUGAGCUUCCGCCCACACUUUUCGAGACGUAUGAUAGAAUUCUGGAUCGAAUCAUGCAAGGAGAUGAACAAAGUCAAGACCUAUGUCGGAAGGCUUUGCAUUGGAUCGGCUUGGGCUCCUACUCACUCAAUUCUCGGGCGCUUUGCGAAGCCAUUUCAAUUCCGGUCGACCAGGACGAGGCCGAUCCGGAGCAAUUCGUGGAUACAGAGUGGGUCUCACGCAGUUGCAGCAGCCUUAUCCGUCUUUCUGGCCAGUCUUUCAAAAUCCCACAUUUUCAGCUGGCCCAUUUCACAGUCAAGGAGUACCUGCGAAGUAUCGAGCCACGGUCGAAAAGGGGCGCUUUUCGAUUCUCCGAGGGCGAAGCAAUCCAAGAGCUGCUUGAGACAUCGUUGAGGUUCUUAACCUUCCCAGUUUUCGAUCAGGCCCCAAUGAUCGCCGUCUCCGAGAUCGAGCGGAUGGAGCAAAGAAACCAAAAACAUCCAUUUUACCCUGCCGCUGCAAGAUACAUCUUCUUCUGGAACACUGACGGUGGGAACAUUGAUGCAGCCAUGGGCAACGAGCUCGCAUCUCUAGUCAACGAUGAGACCAUGAUGCAAUACGCUAUGAAGCUAUUUGACCCUGAUAAGACGACAUUUUUCCAUUCCUGGGUCCUUCAAGCUAUUUGGCUCUGGAAAAUUGAGUCCCGUGGAGCCCUCUUUCCCGAGAUUGUUGGACUCCUCUUCGCGCCUGAGUUUUCAACACUGCACGUUGCCGCCACCCUUGCGCUUCCAUCAAUCUGUAAAUAUCUCGUUGAGACCCGAAACUUCGACAUUAACAAAUGGUGUCGAAUUGGAACACCUUUGCAUGGCCUUAUGACUGGCAUUGGAAUCUAUCACCCCAACGAUCACGGCCAUUUUCAAUUUCGCUCAUAUCAUGGGACCCGCCUCAAACCAGCGACAUGCACACAGUAUAGGGAGUGUUUGGAAAUCUUUGUUCGACACAGUGCCGACACUUCCGCUCGGUUGGGAGGUUGGAGUGUUUUCCAGAUGGGAAUACACAAUCACUCGUGUUCAGAUUGGAUUAAGCCUCUCGUCACUCCAUCAACUGUGAUAUACGAGGAUUGUAUUGACGAUUUCAAGAUUUUGAUUAUCGAAAAGUACCUGCAUACAUCUGUUGUCGAUGCAAUUUAUCAAUUGGGGGCUACUCCAGGUGUCCCUCCAAUGUGGGCUCGUCUUGCAUCUGUUAUUGAGACAAAUCGGAUGAAGGAGAGGCUCCAUGAAGGAAAAUCUCCAACCAAUUCCCAAAUCCUAUCCGAUGAGGAUUUCGACGAUGCGAUUCGAAUCUCGCUGGAACAGCACUUGGCAGACAAUCUGAAGUCAAUUGUGCAAGAUCCCAGAUUCCGUCCAGAUAUUUGUAUAUCUGGGAAGGGCCCGGAUAUUUGGCCAGAACCAAUUCUCCAUUUUGCAAUUCGAGUGGGAAACCCCAGGCUGCUGCAGCUGCUUUUAGAAGCCAACUGCGAUCCCAAACUUGUCCAUGAGGCUGACGGAUGGACCGGCCUGCAUCAAUGUGCACGGUUCAAUAGAGUUGAUGCAGCCAACGCUGUGUUUCUUCUCCGAGCUGGGGUGUCUGACUUGGUCAAAAAUAUGAAUGGGAAGACAUGUUGGCACACCGCCGCAGCAAAUGGCAAUAUCCCAGUCCUGAACGCCUUGAUUGAGCUGGGCUCCAACACGGCCAAUACCCUCUGCACAACUUCAAAGCAAGGAAGAACUCCUCUAGCUGCUGCUAUCCUCGAAUCAGAAAUUGAGUCGGCGCUUCUGUUGUUGGACCACUGCCAUGUCGGGUUUGAAGUGUUCCAAAGCGAUAAAUCACUUCUAGACGAGGCUAUUUCAAUCGGAUCGGCUACACUCUUUACACGGCUGUAUGAACAAAUGAAACAAGCAGGAUCAAAUGAAGCACUUCAACUCUCCAAGCCACUCAAAAAUAUCAACAUGGCAUGCUCGCCCAAGCUUUUGAGCUAUCUUCUAACCACCUGGCCCACCGACGACAAAGGCAAAUCCGAAGCACUUACAAAUUAUCUCCUCGAUGCGAAUAGCCCCGAGUUCAAGGAUCCAACCAGAUAUCCCGAGAAGGCUGACCUUCGUCAAAUCAUCCGGCAGCUCUUGCCAUCGGUUGCCACAGUGGACAAGCAGAAUUCCUCGGUUGAGUUCUGGAGCACCUUUUGCGACAAAGUCGUGGUUAACCUGACCAGAUCAUGCAUUCAUCAGAACAACAGCACGUGUCGAAAGAAUCUCGUCACCAUGAUAUUUGAAAUUUUAAUUGAAACCGGGGCACUGGACUCAUACGAACGGAACAUGAAUCUCUCAAGCUGCAGCAAGUUGUUUAGAUCACUUCUGGACCGCGGCAGAGACCUCACAUGCUCGUGGAUCGCCCCGUCCGUCCACCGCGUCAUCAAGAGAAGCACUCUUUCGGAGGACCUCGCCAAUGAUGCAGCAUCGGAAAAGGUGCUAUCUCUUGCGGUACAACAAUCCAACACUGACCUCGUGGAGCAGCUUCUGCAUUAUGGUGUUAGUGUCCAUGCAGCUUGCAAUGGCUUGUCACCUAUUGAGCAAGCAUGCUAUAGCGCAGACCUCCCGACUUUCAAGUUGGUAAUCAAGCAUGCAGAUAAGUCUCAGAUCAACAGCGCUGGAACGGAAGGCAAGACACUGUUGCAUUUGGCGGUCUCUGGGACCGCCCCGGGGUACUUGGACAAGAUCCAACGGCUACUCCAGCUGGAUGCAGACAUCGACGCAAAGGUUGAUGAUCCGAACGAAGACACGGCUCUAACCUUGGCGUCCCGUACCGAGCGCCAAGACAUCGUCGCACUCCUCGUCUCGGAGGGCGCCAAUGCUCUCCAUCGAGGGCGUGAUGGGUGGACGAUACUCCAUGCUGCAGCACUCACCGGCGAUCUUCGGUAUCUCCGAUCUCUGGAUCGAGCACAUGUGCCGUCGUCAUACUGGCGAGGCACCUGUGACUUUCCUCUGGUUCACAUCCACAGACGAAACACCGCACACAUUAAACAAAAUGUCACUGCCGCCCAUCUAGCAGCUGACAGGGGAAGGACGAACUUUCUACGUUUUAUGGCUCAGCACAACUUGCCGCUCGAAGUCAAUGCAAUGACAGGGAUCCCAGCCAUAGCGCCGCUGCAUGUGGCAUGUUUAUGGGGGCACCUUGAAGUCGUCGAGUUCCUCGUUGCUGCAAAGGCCAAUAUCAAUGCAAGGGACUCAGACGGCCGUCUUCCAAUAGAUAUCGCAGCACGGCGCGAGGAUAUUGCAACCGUCAAAGUUUUGUUGAAAUCAGGCUCCGCACCACCAUCCAGCAUCUCCGGUCUCUCACUUGCACGUCUUCUGUCAGAAGAAACGGAGACUGUGGAGGGUUCCAGGAAUUCAAAGGCCAUGUCUCGAUUCUCUUUUGAACAAGCAAUCAUAGACGGUGACCUCAGCCGGUGUAAAGAAAUGGCCAAGAGCGGCGAAUCAAUCGACGCGAAGCUCCUCACGCAUGAAUUCACGCCGCUAGUGCGUGCCGUGAUCCAGGGUCAAACAGCCAUUGUUGACUGGUUAGUCUCAUCAGCAGUCGAGGUGAGUAAUCCGGUCAUUAGCGGACUACAUCCAGAACUGCGAUGUAUCGCCUCUCUCGCCACAUACUACUUCCGGUCACCUCAGACUCUGUCUGCCGUCAUGAGCCUCGCCUUAAGUCAGGGUGUGAGCUGGCACGAAAGCAUACUGGGUCCAUUGCAUGUCGCCAUUUUGGACAGGAAUAUGGAAGCAUUGGAGGUGACCUUGAAACAAAUCCGUAAAAACGAUCAUGCGUACCGAAGAAUGAUCGAGGCUGAUUUGAUAUGCGCCCCCGCUGCUACCGUUCAAUGGAGGCAUCGAACUGCUCUGAAUAUCCUUGUCAACUCAUUCAACCACAAGAAAGCAUUGUCAGACAAUUCACUCUGGGAAGUAAAGUGGCCGCCCGGCUCACCACUGCACUGGGCCAUCCGCAACAGUGAUGUUCCCGCAGUGAAAUUGCUUCUCGAGAACGAGGCCGAUGUCAAUAAAGCCGAUUCACGUGGGAGGACGCCUUUGGAACUGGCAGUCUCGAGCAAACACCCCGCCGAACUUGUACAAGAACUUCUCCAAGCUGGCGCUGGUCUCGCUGAACCAAGCGGCAAUCGGAUUGAAACAAUGGAAGAUGCCGUUUGCAACGGAGACAUAGGAGUUAUCAAGGCUCUAGCAGAAGCUGACCCUGAGACUCUGAAAGGCGUUAGUCAAUGCUCUGCGGAUACACUUCUGCAAUCCGCACCAUCCGCAGCUGUAUUUCAGUUCCUGGUAUCUCGAGGGGCAGAUCCUUUCAAAGGCAUGGAAUUGCCAGCCGGAUAUUCAGCCGUUGCGUCGCUGAUUGAUCCCGAUUAUGAGUUGAGCGGAUUCGCUCUCAACUCGGGCCUAGUGGUUCAGUCAUCUGAGGACUCACUAGCGUUUUGCCUAUUUAAGCUAGCCAAUGACAGCGGCCAAGAAAGCGUCUGCUUGGUCAAAAUGAUUGGCCGUGUUAUCCGUAGUGAUGCUUUCAUGCACGCCGUAAACACGACAAGUCGAGCUUUUGGAAGUACCUUGUGCGUGGCGGCGUCGCUUGACGCAACAGGGAUGGUGAAAGCACUGAUGACAAUGGGCGCAGAGCUGGAGUUAGAGGGGUGCCGAUACGGGUCGCCAUUGAUGGCUGCUUGUGCUUGGGGAAAUCUGGACGCGGCAAGAUGCUUGGUCCGGGCAGGAGCCCAACUGUGCUAUGUCAAUGACGAAGGCACGCAGCGCAGUGCAGUCCGCGCAGCUUCUCGACACAAAAAGGUCAUACAAUGGCUCCUCGUUGGCAGGUACACGGAACAGCUAAAGAUCGACUACCAGCCAUCACAAGCCACGUCUCACGAGACAGUGUGGAGUGGCCCAAGGCUCUUCAAGCUUGCAUUACCAACCUACAUGCAUCGCGAUUUUGAUGAGUCUCGGUGGAGUCAUCUGCGGAGACUUCAGAAAUGGAGCGAAGGAUUGCGUGGCUGUGCCUUGGCCGAGAGCCGAAGGAAUAGUGGGCUGGACUUUGACGCUGAAUUCGGGGCUGCGUCAAGUCAAAGAGUUGCACAAGCCGCUCACGAGCGGUUCCUUGCGAGCUUGGGGGAAUCCCGAGAGCAAUCAGCUCUGGGAGGGACGUGAAUUCCUGGUUGAAAUGGUUUCAUCCAAGCUAUCAAUCUUUCUUAGAGGAGUGGUAUUGAGUGGUUUCGUUUGUAAUCUCCAUACAUACAAAAUGCAUGUGGCGCGUUCG